AUGGUAACACAGCAACAAACCCAGAGAAACCAGAGAAGAAGAAGAGCAGACAAAGAGAAAAGACAAAGGACCAGAGGAGGACAGGAAGACGAAGAUCAGCAGCAGGACAAUGGCCUGUUUUCGGGGCAACCGGGAGGAGUUUUACGGAGAAGUGCUUCUACUGGACAACAGGAAGCUGACACUGACGGUCGAACAGGGCAUCAAGAGAUCAUCGAAGGCGGCCUCCGUCUUGCAGCUGGUGUUUGUUGAGCUAGGCGUGGUCGAGGUUGAGUUCUUCGGUUUAAAGUUCUGUGACAACCGGCAGCAGACGCUCUGGUUGGAUCCUUCAAAGACUCUAUUGCAGCACAAAGAGCUCGCCGGGCCGCCGUACAUUUUCUACUUUGGAGUCAAAUUUUACAUCGAAGAUCCAUCGAAGCUGAACGAGGAAACAACCCGGCGUCAAUUUUACCUCCAACUUUGUCAGGACGUACGUCGAGGUCGCCUGCCGUGCUCCGGCCACCUCAAAGCUCAGCUGUGCGCUCUGAUGCUGCAGGUGGAUCGAGGCAACCACAGCGAGGACAACACGUCAGACGCUGAGGAGACGCAGGAAGUUCAACUCAUCCGCAAAACGCUCAGUGGCGUCCCUCGCUCUGAGGCUCAGCGCCACUUCCUGUCUGUCUGCAGCUCUCUGCAGAUGUACGGCGUCUCUCUGUUCGCCGCCUACGGGGAGAACCACACCGAGUACUUCCUGGGUCCAACACCAGUAGGAGUGGUCAUCUUCAAGAACAAAGAGCUGGUGGGAAAAUAUCUGUGGCAGCGAAUCAUUAAACUUCACUUCAAAGCUGAAAAGUUCGAGCUCAGAGUGUCAGGCAGAAAGGGUUCAGAGACUUCGUUCUUCUUCCAAACAUCCGAUCGCCGCAACUGCAAACGUUUGUGGAAGUGUUGCGUUGAACAUCACACCUUCUUCAGGAUGUCGGAGACAAACCUUGUAACACACAAACUGAAACACAGCAGGAUGUCGGAGACAAACCUUGUAACACACAAACUGAAACACAGCAGGAUGUCGGAGACAAACCUUGUAACACACAAAUUGAAAGACAGCAGGAUGUCGGAGACAAACCUUGUAACACACAAACUGAAACACAGCAAUUUCACUUGCUCUAAAACUCCGUCUCUCUGUCUGUUGAAAAAUGGCAUUGACAACAAAACGGCAUCAGCUGAUGUGUGUGUGAGGGCAACGCGUCGAGCCAAUCAGAAGCCAAGUUUCAGUAUUGAACUAAUAACAAAAUACAACGCUCUACCUGCUGUUCAGAGAGGGUCAGAGGGCAGGGCGAAGCCUGAUCAUGCUAAGCCCAGUGCACCAUGGGAAAACAACACAAACAUUGGUCUGUUCAACCCAACGUUUUGUCCAAACACCAACAAAGACGAACAAGUCCCAGGAAGACCACAAAGGCGGAGCAGAAGUCUUGAUGGAGAUCGACCAAUCAGAGAGCAGAGGAGGAGGUCUCGUUCCCGUGGCAACACGAGCAGUGGCACCGAAUCAGAAAAGAUGUCAAGUAAUAGUGAGCGGCGCCGAAGAAGACCCCCAAACUGCAGUUGCCACAGUGACCACGGUCCUGACGCAACUUCCUGCCAUCAUCGGCGCCGCCGCACCCGAUCCCACAGUCCUGACAACCAAAUAUGGAAACACAUCCAGAAGGAGUUGGUGGAGCCUCCCGGUUUGAUUGACAGACAAAUGGAGGACAUACCUUAUAAGGAAGUACGGGUGUUGGGAGAGUCAGUCAGAAUGUGCCGUUCUCGUUUGACUCGACGGCAUCAGCGGUGGGUGUCGGCCUCAGACCUCUGGUGGGUAUGGCUCACUGUGCAAUGUGCCAUGUGUUCACGCUUCAUACUGGAAACAUUAAAUAAUCCUAAUUUGAAUGUAAAGGUCUAAAUUGAAAACAUUGGUCAACCUUCAAUUUCAGAAACAGGCCGAAUCACAGUAGGUGAAAUUCAAAUCCAACCUCAGGUUAGUUCCACAGAUGGUCUCAGGUGCUGUUGACAAAACAAAUCAGAGAAACAAGAAACCUGAAAUCGAUUUAUGGUCACUACAGAACAAAGAUUCACUCAAAGGAAUACAGUAAAUACAGCCCGGCCCUCCACUGACAGUCAGGACUCCUCUGACCGGCCGAAAGACAGCCAGAAAAUCUGGUUUACUGUGGGGUGUAAUCUGAUUACUGUGGGGUGUAAUCUGAAGUAAAUUUAGAUGACAUGGUUUUGGACAGUAUGAGAACUGUGACUGAUAACUUAUUAUGUAUAAUAACUGUAUUUUUACAAGGAAAGAAAGAAAAGUGUAAUAAUCAGUUGUACACGCAGAGAACCAAGCGCCAAAUAUUUCAUGACUUUACAGAAGAAAUGAAAGAGCAUUGAUUGACCUGCUGAAUCCAAACAAGCACAGGACAGGUUGGUUUAUAUCCUAAAAUCACUUGACCACGGUGAAUUACGGCUCACCCACCUUUUUAAUAAUAUUUUCACUGAUGACAUGGAAAACCACACUGUGAGCUAACUGUUAAUUAAUGACAUCACUGGGGCUGCCACUGUUUGCAGUUUAUGACACUAAUUACGAGAGAAAGCAACCAGAGGAAGAACCAAGACAUGUAAGGUGAGAGGAAACCACGAGUUCUUUUAAAAAUGACCUGUUCAUCCACAACUGGGAAAAUGUUCAUAUUGAUGGUGCAUAUGACACAUUUUUAAGAAUAUUCAUGACAUCAUAAGAUGAAAACUGUCCAACAGUACAAUACAGCAGAAACCAAAAACGUUGAGAUGGCCUGUGGAUCACUGAUCGUUUCCAAAUGCAUGCAAAAAGAAAAACACGCUGUAUGAGAAAUUCAUAAAUUCAAUUCAAUUUUAUUUAUACAGCGCCAAAUCACAACAACAGUCACCUCAAGGUGCUUUGU